CCAUUUAAUUUUUUUUUUUUUUUUGAUGUGAAAACAAUAACAAAGUAAUUGACUUCGUCGUCAUCGUCAUCGUCAUCGUCCUCGUCGUCGUCGUCGUCGUCGUUGUCGUCGUCGUCGUCGUCGUCACGAGGACCAAACGACAGAGAUUCCUCAUCGUUGUCUGACAAGGGACGAAGAAGAACGAGCACGGCUACAACGCUCCUAUCCGUCGCCGGCAUUUUGACGUUUGUUUCUACGGUGUCCUUCUCCUUUUCUCUCUCUCUUUUUCUCUUUCUCUCUCUUUCUCUCUCCCUCUUUAUCUAUCUUUCUCAUUAUUAUUAUUAUUAUUCAUUCCGUUAAACUGUUUUGGUUAAACGUUACGAGAAGAAAGUACAACACUCUCUCUUUUUCUCUCUCUCUCUCUCACUCUCUCAUUCUCUCUUUCUACUCUUUGCUCUCAGCUCACUGAUUGAUACGAGCCAGGGGCACACUUCUCGUCGCUCGUAUGAUGGAUACUGGCGCGAGUGACUCGUGUACGCGACGCCACUCGAAGCAGACAGAGCGUCGUCGUCGCGUCGUCGCACAGUGAAGUUUGCCCGCGCGUUCUAUCUCUUUCCUACAUCCCUCUUUAUCUAUCUAUCUUUCUCUUUCUUUCUGUCUGUCUGUUUGUCUAUCUGUCUUUAUCCUUCUAUCCCUAUCUUUGUCAUCCUUUUCUGAAAGAGUGCGACGCGUAAGGAAGUGUGUCAGCAUCGAAUAAAUCGUACUCUUGCCGCUCGUGGGAGUAUCGAUCGAAAAGGCAAAGAAGAGGAGGAGGUGGAAGAAGAAGAAGUAGAAGAGGAAACUGAGGAGAAGUAGAAGAAGACGAAAAAGGAAGGAAAAGAGGAAGAGGAGAAAAGAAGAAGAAGAAGAAGGGGAAGAAACAAGCAAGCAAGCAGGAAGAAGUUACCGGGUGUUGUUUCUUCUUCGAUGUUACGCGCACGUGUGCGUGCCGAAACGUGCCGUUCCUAAUAACGUGUAGUAGUAGUUGUUGGUUCGUCUAAAAAAGAAAUAUAUACAUAUAUAUAUCUCUAUAUAUAAAUACACACACACAUAUAUAUAUAUAUAUAUAUAUAUAUCUAUAUAAACGUGCGCGUGAUAAAAAAAAUCCGCGAUUACUCGUGCGACGAUCAGUGAUCGGGCAUCAAGUUUUGGUUAUUGUGCGUCGUAUAUAGUCGUCGUCAUUGUCAUCGUCAUCGUCGUUAUUUUCAUCGUUGCCAUCGUCGUUAUUUCUCGCAGCUAUUAGCUCUAGUCUACAAAGUCCUCCUUCCUUUUUACUUUUCUCAUUGUCAUUAUCUAUCUAUUUCUCUCACUCUUUCUCUUUCUCUCUCCCUUUUUUUUUUCUAUUUCCAUCGUUAUCUCCAUGUUCACCGUUGUGAUCGUCUACGAAACUUAAGCAAACUUGUUCUUCGAAGAACGACGAAUAAGAAGGAAAGAGAAAUAAAGUCAACACAACGACGUCACGUAACCAUGGAUAUCCUGCCGAGCGGGAACAUAUUUAGGGAGUUGCAGGACAUACACGAUACCGGAUACUUUUCGGCCCAGCCGUCGCUCGAGGAUCACUGGCAACAGACAUGCUACGAGAUGGAGAGGUACCUGAAGGACGAGCCGAAGUUACAAUCGUACAAAAAGUUGCCCACGGAAUUGGACACAGCACCUUGGAACCUUUUCAGGGCGCCACCUAUUUCGUGGACAGCAACAACCGGCACCGCCAAUUCACAAUUCGAGUCCCCAAUCAAAAUGGAGGUAACGACGUCGUCAGACGACAGAGAGACGCUUUGUCUGGAGGACAUCAAAUUUGGACCUGGCGAUCACAACCACAAUGGCCGUGAUAGGGAUCUCCUCGAUCGACACCUCGACUCUUUAUCGAUGUCAUCGGCUAGUUCAGCGUGUUCGGCGUUAUCUUGGGAUAGCUCGCCUUCCCUCUCGUGUACGACGCUUAUUCUUAAAAAGGAACCGAGCGAAGACCUAGAGGAGGAUGAGGAACACGAGGAGAUCGAGGAAGAAGAGGAUAGCGGGUGCGAGAGCGAAGGUCAGAUCCUGACACCGCCGUCGAGUCCAGGCUCGGGUCAAGGUCAUUCCAACUCCAGUCACUCGUCGAGCGGUAGUUCGAUGCUCGACGUGCACAACCUCAACCUUCAUGGGACGGGCGGUAGGAGUGCCAUCGUCAGGGUUACCACCAGCAACGCGCAGGGCGUCGCGAGACUAAUCUCCAUGACGGCAAAUGGCUUCUCAGCGGUCGCGAGCACACAACACGCGCACACAGGUGCGAGUGCAUCAGCGAGCACGGUAUCCAACAGGCAUCACGCGAGGAGCCACGAGCACAGCCCACCUGACACGAAGCGCAGGAUACACAAAUGCCAAUUUCCAGGAUGCAAAAAGGUUUAUACCAAGAGUUCGCAUCUUAAGGCCCACCAGAGGACACAUACGGGUGAGAAGCCGUACAAGUGUAGCUGGGAAGGAUGCGAAUGGCGAUUCGCUCGUUCGGACGAGCUAACACGUCACUAUCGCAAGCACACCGGAGCGAAGCCGUUCAAAUGUCGGCACUGCGACCGAUGCUUUUCUCGCAGUGAUCACCUCGCGCUCCACAUGAAGAGACACGUAUAAUCCAUCGUCUCACCGAGCGGUCCUCGAAGCCGCGCGGAAUGGCGACGGUCAACCGAGAGAAACGGCGAUAGAAAGGACGAAAAUAAAGAAAAGAAGAAGAAGAAGAAGAAGAAGAAGAAGAUGAAGAAGAUGAAAAAGAAGAAGAAGAAGAAAAAGAAGAAGAGGAAGAAGGGGAAGAAAAAGAAGAAGAAGAAGAGGAAGAGAAAGAAGAAAAAGGUGGACGAACGAAAAUGGCGUCGUCGAGCGUGGCAAAAUGGGCAAGAUCGGGGACAACGAUGACGAUUCGUAGUCGUUAUCGCCGUCAUCGUCAUUGCCAUCGACGUUAUUUCCAACAAGGAGGAUGAAGAGGAGAAGAAGGAAGAUUAGAGGAUUAUGAUGAUGAUAGUAAAGAGGAGGAGGAGGAGGAGGAGGAGGAUCCUCGUAAGUUUUUCGCCUCCUAUCCGAAAAUUCACGUUUGUAUUAGAAAGAGAGUUGACAUAGUUAACAGAGUUAAGAGAGUAAAACAGUAAGAGAGUAAGAGAGAGAGAGAGAGAGAGAGAGAGAGAGAGAGAGAGAAAGAGAGAGAGAAAUUGAGAAAGAGAAUGUGUGUGUGUGUGUGUGUGUGUUUGUGUGUUUGUGUGUGUAUGUGUAUGUGUUUGCGCGCGUGCGUGCGUGCAUGCGUAUGUGUGUUCGCCUUUCGACUUGCAACGAGAGCGAAUCGAACAGCUCGCUUGAAAUUAACGAAGAAGAUUGUUCUUUCGAGAACGUUUCAUUAUACGACAACGCCGUUAGGAUAUUAAAAGAUUAGACGACGUUGUCCUCUAAAACCCUACCUUCCUUCGUAUAAAUGGCCGCAACGACGAAGAAGAUAUUAUCCAUUUGUCUUUGUACUAUUCAGAGAAAUCAUUCGUCAAAUCUUUUGAUGGCGAUAACGUGUUCUCGAAGAGGAACGAUAUCUCGUUAAAUCUGAAAAUAUUUCUAUUCGUACGUACAGCGUUAGAUGAUCCUUCCUAUUUUUAAAGCAAGAUGAAUAGAAGAAAAAGAACGAUAUAUGUUAAGGGUAGAUCGACGGUCGAGAAAUAAUCAUCGAAUGAAGAAGACACUUCCGUAAAAAAAAGAAGAAGAAAAUGAAGAUGAGGAAGAAGAA